AUGUCGACAAAACAAUAUUCGAAUGUGAAAAUGUGGAAAUAUUUAUUGAAAACGAUUGUAAUUAUCCUUUUUAUCUUCUUAUUUUGGCAAAUAGUUUUAAUUUUAUUGGCAAUCAAAGAAAGUUUCAUAAAAAUCAAUCAAAAUCCAUGUAAAAGUCAAGCAAUUGUAACUCGUAAUCAUAGUGAAAUUCCUCGAUUAAUUCAUCAAAUGUGGAAAAGUGAAGAUUUAUCAACAUUCCCCAUCAACAAUUCGUUUAAUGAAUGGAAAAAAUCUUAUUCGAAUUAUGAAAUUCGUUUUUGGACGGAUAGACAAAUCGAGAAUUUAAUCUCUCAAGCCGAAUACCAAUAUUUAUAUUCAACUUACCAUUCUUUUACUUACUCAAUUCAACGUGCGGAUUUAGCUCGACUAUUAGUUCUUCAUGCUUAUGGAGGAAUUUAUGCUGAUUUAGAUGUAUUUCCUUCUCCCAAACGUAUCGAUGAACUUUUAAAGAACAAUUAUUCAUUGAUUAUUCCACUUUCAACAACUGAAACAUCGAUAAUAAAUCAUUUUAUUAUAGCAGAAAAAUCUUCUUCAAUUUUAAAUUAUCUUCUCCAUCGAAUGAAAUCGAAAAGAUUUUUCCAAAAGAUUUAUCUUCUUCCUUAUUUAGAAGUGUUUUCAACAGGUUCAUUUUUCUUAACAAGAGAAUUAAAUAAUUAUAUUCAAUCAACAGCAAAUUCAAAAACUUCUUUAAAAAUUUUAUCAGAUAAUGAAGUGACAAGUUUUGUAAUUCAUCAACAAGGACGAUCGUGGCAUUUUAUCGAUGGAUUUAUACUCAAUUCCAUUAAUGAUCAACCUUUUAUAUCUUUUCUUAUCUUUAUUCUUUUCCUUCUCAUUUCAAUUUUCAUUUACAAAUCUUCUCUUCUGUUAAGUCAUUUCCAAAAACUCUUUUCGAAAAAAUAA